GCCUGCCAGACACCAUGCCCUCCCUGGGGACCCUGUGCAGCCUGCUGCUCUUCAGCAUGCUCUGGAUGGACUUGGCCUUGGCGGGCUCCAGCUUCCUGAGCCCUGAACACCAGAAAGUCCAGCAGAGAAAGGAGUCCAAGAAGCCGCCAGCCAAACUGCAGCCUCGAGCUCUCGAAGGCUCACUCCGCCCAGAAGAUACAAGUCAAGUGGAAGGGGCAGAGGAUGAGCUGGAGAUCCGGUUCAACACUCCCUUUGAUGUUGGAAUCAAGCUGUCUGGGGCUCAGUACCACCAGCAUGGCCAGGCGCUGGGGAAGUUUCUUCAAGACAUCCUCUGGGAAGAGGCCAACGAGGCCCUGGCAGAUGAGUGAUCAGCCACAAGACCAGCCCCGCCUGUGUGUCCCGCAACCUUGGCGGCACUCACCUGCUUGUACACUGCUUCUGCAACAGCUCCCAGCUCUGAGUGGUAGGCUAGCUUCAGAGGUGAAUAAACAUUCAAAUC